AUGGCGACGCUGCUGCUCGCGCUGCUGCUCGCCCUCCUCGUCCUCCUCCCGCCCUACUUCAUCUACAAGCCGCCGUCUCUCCUCCUCCGCAUUCUCUCCCACCGCUGGACCGACGUGCUCUUCCGCCUCUGGCUGCCGCCGUCCAAGCCGCUCGUGGCCCUGACCAUCGACGACGCGCCGUCGGAGCACACGCCCGCGAUCCUGGCCGCGCUCGCCGCCUCCGGCGCCCACGCCACCUUCUUCGUCAUCGGCUCGCAGGUCGCCGGCCGCGAGCGCAUGCUGCGCGACAUCCUCCGCGCCGGCCACGAGCUGGCCAACCACGGCAUGCACGACGAGCCCGCCCGCGCCCUCCCCGCCGCCGACCUGGCCGCCCAGCUGCGCGCCGUCCAGGCCCUCAUCGACGACGCCUACCGCGCCGAGGGCCGCACGCCGCCCCCCGCCGGCAACCCCGACGCCGGCGGCCGCGGCCGCCGCUACUACCGCCCCGGCUCCGGCUUCUUCAGCGAGCGCAUCCGCACCAUGGCCCGCCGCCUGGGCUACCGCGUCGUGCUGGGCAGCAUCUACCCGCACGACGCGCAGAUCCCGUGGGCCUGGCUGAACGCGAGGCACGUGUUGAGCAUGCUGAGUCCCGGCGGCAUCAUCGUGUGCCACGAUCGGAGGAGCUGGACCGAGCCCAUGCUGAGGCGUGUGUUGCCCGAGAUGAAGAGGAGGGGGUAUCGGGCCGUGACCCUGUCCGAGUUGCUGGACGAGGUGACGGGGUGA